GUCACUUCCGUGACAUUUAUCAACAACAACGACGCAUCACAGCUCUGCAAUCAAAGUGCAAAACUGUAAAAUUACGUGGAUAAACUGAUCGUCAGGAGGUUUCUGGAUAUCAAAGCGUCCUCUCUCGAGUCUGACUGAUGAGCUGCUCAUUCAAUCUGUAUAGGUGCAUGGCCUCUGACAGUGCAAUGGACUCAUCUGAAACAGAAGGUCGCACCUUUAUCCAGGCGAUUAGUGAAAAGUAUAGCCCAGAGAACUUUCCUUGUCGUCGAGGACCGGGUCUUGGGAUUGUGUUUGUGCCAUCUGGACCACAGGGGUCGCCUAUGAAAGACCGUCUGAACUUGCCCAGUAUGCUUGUCUUGAAUGGUUGCGGAAUCAGUCAUGCAGGAGAUGAGGGAGAAAUCGCAGCCUUUUGUGCUCAUGUAGUUGAACUUGAUCUGUCUCACAAUAAGCUCCAAGACUGGCAUGAGAUCAGCAAGAUUGUUUCCAACAUUCCACACUUGGAGUUCUUGAACCUCAGCUCUAACCAACUGAGUGAUGCUGUCUUGGAUCCAGACUGCGCUAAGGACUUUUCCAGCAUCCGCCGUCUUGUUCUUAACAAUACUCAAGUGUCCUGGAACACGGUGCACACGUUUACACAAGAGAUGCCAGAACUUGAGGAGCUGUUCCUGUGCCUUAAUGAAUACACCACUGUGACACUUUCGUCCAUGCCCUGCUCCACACUGCGUCUGCUCCACAUCACAGACAACAGCCUGCAUGAGUGGAACGAGGUACGAAAAAUUGGCUCCAUGUUCCCUGCGCUGGACACUCUGAUCAUGGCCAACAACAACCUGAGCUCCAUUCAAGACUCGGGAGAAAUCCUUAGCCGGCUCUUCCCUAAUCUACGAAGCAUUAAUCUGCACAACUCAGGACUUAAUCGAUGGGAGGACAUAGAGAAGCUAAACUGUCUGCCCAAGCUAGAAGAGGUGAGGUUGCAAGGUAUUCCUCUGCUGCAGCCCUACACAAGCACAGAGCGUCGCAGUAUGAUGAUUGCCCAGCUGCACUCUGUAACUUGCCUGAAUGGGAGUGUCGUGACAGACUUAGAAAGAGAGGAUGCAGAGAGGUUCUUCAUCCGCUAUCACUUAGAUCACUCUGAGGAAGAGCUGCCUCACAGAUAUCACUGCUUGGUGACCAAGUACGGGAAGCUGGCCCCUCUGGCUGAGAUCGACCUACGGCCACGCUGCCACGCCAAGGUGGAGGUACGCUAUGAGGACAAAGUGGAGCAGGUGAGCAUUCGGCUGGACCAGACUGUUGCAGAGCUGAAAAAGCAGCUGAAGACUGUAGUACAGCUCCCCACCAACAACAUGCGCCUUUACUACAUUGGCAAGGGUACUGCCUUUGGGCCUGAUGAAUUGAAAUACACUACUCUGGCUUUGCACUCAUACAGCAUUCAAGAUGGGGAUGAGAUCCUAGUGGUUCCCAAAACAAAAUAAAUGGCAUGCCGGAGGAAUCGCUGAAAGCUGUAUUUAAAUAACAAAAUCCAAUUUGAACUUGUACCAUCUAGGCUCUACAGAAUGAAAGGGACUUUCAGGGGAAAACAUAUCACCUAGGCUCAUCAGACUUGCUGGGGCUUCAAUUAUGUUUUAGUUGUACUCGAGCAGCACUUCACAUCACUAUACAGUCACCAGAAACACCACUUGUGAUCAGCUCUGGUUUUGUUGCUGUUAAUUAAUGGUUCCCUUUUGACUUCAGACAUCACAAACAACCCUAUAUUUCUUAAAGAAUUAAAGCAUAGAGGAGGGCUCUGGCAGCCCAGAAUGUGCGUUUAAGAAUUCUUGAGGGACAAUAAGACAACAUUACUAAAAAAAAACUUUGGUGGACUGUGUUAAGUAUUUAAUGUACAAUUAUUAAUUUACUGAUUGGUGAUGAUUGUUUAAUUCAUAGAAAAUACAGAACAAAUCAGUUGCAAAUCAAUCAUGGUGUAUGGCUGUAUCCAGUAUAAAAUAACAAGGGGUUUAAAGACCUAAGAAUUAUUAUUGACUCAAUGAAACUGCAGCUAUUUGGUUCACAUCUCACGUGCGUUUAAAUGUGCAAUGCCAGACUUUUUCCUGGUGCUUAAAAAAAGCUUGUAAACCGAUUUCCUUAAAUGUAAAUGUACUCAUUUGGCUCAAGUGAACUAGUAGUAGUUUACUUGAGCCAAAAAAGUAGAUUUACUUGAUUUUUUGAAGGCAAAUGGUUUCCUCACUUUUUAUGUAAUGUCAACUUAUUACAUUUUACAGUGUGUUUAUUCAUUUUUUAUUAUUAGAUCAGAAUCAUUGUGAACCAUCUCAUUUGCUAAUCAUGCCUGGUUCAUCAAAAACCCAUGGUUUAGCAACUGAAACUGGUCUAAUUUGUUUUAGUCACACCUUUUCAUGUAGUUAGUAAUUAACUGACAUGUCAACAUGAUUUCUUGACUAAUAAAAUCAUAAUGUGAUCCCAUAAAGGAAGUACUGAUUGGAAAAACACAUUAUGAGUUUAUUAAAGUAUUUGCAUUGUUGUGUGACGCUGACACCUGGCAAAAUUUUGGGUUAGUGGUAAAAUAGAUUUUCUACUAUGUACUGACAUUUCAUAGUGUAAGAAGAGAAGAAUAAUUUUAGUGUGAGAGUUUGAAGUGCUCUUUAGGAAACAGAAUGUCCAAGGCUUGAAACAUUUAAUUUGGGGAUUGCAAUUUUUGGCCAUUUAGUAAUAAGUAUAGGCUACUGUUUUUUAGAAUCUGUUAACAUUUAUAACCAAAAAGUAAAAUGAGAUGUAUUGGCUUAUUAUAUGUGUUUAACUUAAAACAGAAAAUGUUUAACAUCAGCUCCCCUUGAUGAAUAGGUUUUUGUCUUUUAUUAUUAUUAUACAUUUUUAUUUUUGGGAUGAAAGAUGAUCAAGAUAUAUAGUAUUUUAAUGUAUAUGAAGGAUUUACAGUAUACUUUUCUGAUUAUGAUAUGCAAUAUUAAUAUUCCAUAUGUAUUUUACAACCUUGAAGGAAAUGUCACUUAAACUGUAACGUGUGUAUAAUAGAUGUGUAUAAGUGUGAAGACAGAAGAAAUACUACUGAAGAUAUUUAAUUUGAACUUAAAUUGAUUGCUAUUUAGACGACAUUUCAACCAGUGGGAUUCACAGUAUACUACACUUUUCAUCUUUCCAAGUUAUUCUUCUUUUAUUUAGAUAUUUUAUCUUUGUCAGGAUGUAGUGUUGACCACAUAGUUUAAAAACUCUGUACUCUGCUUGCUUUCUUUGCUCUUGGUUUGCAUAAUCAGUUGUACAUUUGCAGUUCUUAAUCUUAUAUUUAAUUGAACAGACACUUCUGCAAGAUACUGAAGUGAUGUAUCAAAUGGAUGCGUUAGGUGUGUUAUUGUAAUGAACACUGAAAUUUAUGCAAGUUGCUCAGUGUAAAACCAUUAACAUGUUGAAAUUUUAAAAUCAGAUUUGACUUUCAUACAAUUGAUUUGCCGGCAUAUGUGCACAUAAAUGUAUCUACAAAUUAAAGUUGAAUAAGUGGCUGAAAAUCAAAGUGAGAAUAAAGUUUACUGACU